AUGAUGAAUCACGAAAAAAGUGAACAACGUACGUGUGGUCUUCUUGGAGGUUUAUCCUAUGUUUCUACGGUCGAUUAUUAUAACUCUAUAAACCGACUUAUCAGUGAAUUUCUGAUUGAUCAUAGCAGUCGUAUUCACAUGGUUUCGGUGGAUAUAUUUCAAUAUACAAGGUUUCUCGAAGAAAGUCAAUGGUCGCAAGCAGCUGAUUAUUUACUCGAAGGUGUUCACCGACUCGUAAAAAGUGGUAUCGAUUUUUUAGUUAUUUGUUCAAAUACGGGCCAUAUGGUCGUGCCUAAAAUCAUGGAAUACUAUCCUCAAUUGGUUUUACUUCACAUCAGUGAUGCAGUUGCCUUUGCUAUUAAACAAAAGAAAUUUCGUAAAGUUGGAUUUCUGGGUACGAAAAUGACAAUGAAAUUAGAUAGUUGUGCAGUGAAACGUUUAAUUCAACAUGAUUUGGAUAUAUUGUUUCCAGAUGAAGAAGAGAUUGACAAAAUUCAUCAUAUUAUCGCUACACAAUUAUCUAUCAAUAUAUUUUCUAAAGAAUCGAAACAAAUCUAUCUAAAAGUCAUACAGCGUAUGUAUGAUGAACAUCAAGUCGAGGGAGUUAUUCUUGGAUGUACAGAAAUACCUCUGCUAAUUCAACAAAAUGACAUCCCCCGUGUGCCACUGUUCAACUCAACAAAAUUACAUGUUCAACUUGCAGUGGAAUAUCAACUCAAUCGUUGCAAUAUCAAUGAUUUUUUGCCUCCUAAUAAUUCUAAAAACUAA